CUACCCGCCUCUCCGCAGGGGCCACCGCGACUUUACUGUGGCUCCCUGAGGGCCGACGGGUUAGCAAAGGCAGGGCUUGACUGAGCUCGUCGGCUUGGUGAGCAAUGUAGGAUGGGGCUGUCGUCACCUUUCCUUUGACUGGAUUUUUUCUUUCUCCAUUUCCUCUGCGAGUUUGGAGACGAAGCCAUCUAGGAUUGUGGCCCUUAGCCUAGGGACUUGUUGCAGUGACCUGCGUGGGAAGUUCUAGUCCAACUGCCCAAGCCCAGGUGUGUGAGCAAGAUGGCGGCCGAGUAACAGUUUCCCUGUAACUGGGCACGGUGACUCUGGGGAGAUAAGACUCCAGGCAUCUCUGGCUGGUGGGAUCUGCCUAUAAUCAUCCCUUUGAGGAUACAGGAAUUCAGCAAGGGACUUCUGGACCUCAAGAAGAGGACAAAAACAGUGGAAAACUGGCAAGUGGUUGCGUGUUUUCAAAUCACCUAAUCGCGCCAGCAACGAAUCACAUUGUUUGUGGAGAGAUGCUCAGACUAUGAUAGGUACGUGAGACUUAAGAGCAACUGAGAAACCAGCAAAUUUACAUCACCCACGUCAUACUUACCGCAAGAUAAUGAAUUCUGAAUUAGUGCAUAGUGUGGUAGGAAGCUAUCUUAAGCCUCCAGAAAGAGUGUUUGUUCCAUCAUUCACCCAGAAUGAAUCAUCUCAGACUUGCCAACCCAAGAACUUAGAAGUCACCUCGGCUAAAGUGUUUCAUAGCCCAAAUAGCCAAGCUCUUAUUUUAGCCUUAAGAACUCUUCAGGAAAAGAUUCAUCGUUUAGAGCUAGAGAGAACACAAGCUGAAGAUAACCUGAACACGCUUUCCAAAGAAGCAGCACAGUAUAAAAAGGCCUUAGAGAAUGAAACAAAUGAGAGAAAUCUGGCACAUGAGGAACUGAUAAAGCAGAAAAAAGAUAUAAGUAUACAGUUAUGCUCAGCCCAAUCUCGUUGUACCCUUCUAGAGAAGCAACUAGAAUAUACUAAGAGAAUGGUUCUCAAUGUAGAGCGAGAAAAGAAUAUGAUCCUAGAACAACAGGCCCAGCUUCAAAGGGAAAAAGAACAAGAUCAGAUGAAGCUGCAUGCAAAACUUGAAAAGCUUGAUGUCUUAGAAAAAGAGUGUUUUAGACUUACAACAACUCAGAAAACUGCUGAGGACAAGAUUAAACAUUUAGAGGAAAAACUCAGGGAAGAAGAACAUCAGCGUAAGCUAUUUCAAGACAAAGCUUCUGAGCUUCAAACUGGACUUGAAAUCAGUAGAAUUUUAAUGUCUUCAGUUUCAAAUCCAAAACACUCCAGGGAAAAGAAGACAUCUUCAAAGAAAACUAAAUAUUUAAAGACAAAACCACCUUGGCAUAUUCAUUCGAAGUUGGGAACACUGCCUCUUGUAACCGAAAAGUCCUCCAGUGCAAGCUGUUCCGUGAAUGCAGGUGUGCAGAACCUUAUGCAGAUGAUGCAACAUUGUGACCUACAUUCCCUUCAGAAGCCAUCUGAGCCUAGCUGUCUCUACAAACCUAUUAGAAAAACUUGCCAGUUUAAGGGUGUACCUUCUGGCUCUGAAAAGUCUAUUUCCAUUUGUGACAAUGUCUCUGAACUUUUAAUGGCAAUGCAGGAUGAGUUGGACCAAAUGACUAUGGAGCAUGAAGAACUACUGAAACAAAUGAAGGAAACUGAAAGCUAUUCAGUCUGUGAUGACAUAGAAUGCGAACUCGAGCGUUUAGUCAAGAAAAUGGAAAUGAAAGAAGAACAAAUUUCCAAACUGAAGAAGCAUCAAGAUAGUGUCCGUAAACUGCAGCAAAAAGUUCAAAACUCAAAGAUGAGUGAAGCUUCAGGUAUUCAGCGAGAAGAUAUCAACCCUAAAGGAUCAAAGAACAUAAAAAAUAGCCCCAGAAAAUGUUUCAAUGAAACGAACCCUUUUCUGAAAAAUGACAACUUUCAUCCAAUACGAGUUCAUAAUCUUCAAAUGAAAUUGAGAAGAGAUGAUAUCAUGUGGGAACAGUAACACAAUUACAAAACUGUCACCUUCACUGAACUUUGUCAAUGAAAUCUUGAAUUGUCUAAAGUGGUUUUAAUUUAAUAUACCUUUGUGAAAUUUUGAAUUAUGUUUCUAGCCUCUAUAAAAAAUUAAUGCUUAAUGACAUACUAAGAAUCCGAAAUAAUAAAUGUUUGCUUUUUUAUUUUUCUUAUGAAUCAAAUUCCCAAACCUCAUCAUGUCUUAAAACAUUGUUCAAUUUGCAGAUAUCUUAAGCUAACUCUAAGAAACAAUACUAAAAUUAACUUAAGGCUGAGAUACAAGUAGGCUUUUCAUUUAGUAGGCUUAUAAUCUUAAGCCGUUAUGUUAAAUGAACAGAAUUCAGAAAGGUCUUUUAACUUUCUUGGUGCUUCCUCCCUAUCUUGUUUUAAAGGUAUGAAAUGUUUUCUCUUUUGCAAAAGGAAAAGUUUAAUAGUCCUCCAGUUUUGUGAAGAAGCCUUUAUUCAUUCCCUUGAGCUACUUUUGUAACUUAACUGCAGAAGUUUUCCUGUAUUAUUCCCAUUCUCUUUUAUAAAUCUAGUUUGUUUGUUUUUUUAAUACCAGUGAUUUAUUUUAUCUCCUUUAUAACUUUUUUAUUCUUUGGGUUAUAAAUGUUCGUCAAUGUAAAUUAAGACUGUGAAUUUCUAGGAACUACAAAAGUGAUAUAUUUUUUAUAAGAAAGUAUAGGAAGAAGAAGUUGAGCAUUUAGUUACCUUAUCUAGCAAAACUUCAGGGAAAUAUGGUACAUUUUUAUUUUUUAUAUUUUGAAGUCAAUGAUGUCAUGAUAGAUUUCUUUGUGUACACAUGCUUUAUAAUAAAUUUGCA